GGAGCUUUGCCGGUCCGAUGGAAUGUCAUGAUGCCGCCGUCUCCUAUCUGAGCUGGGUGCUUAUCGUUUUGGGCGUGGCCUUCGUAUUACGUCACAGACGUUGGUGUGCUCUGUACGGCAGAUACAGCCCGGUGGGGGGCCCCUGCGUCCCGGCACGGCUCGGCUGGUUUCUGCAGGAGGUCCCGGCCUUCCUGCUACCGGGUCUGCUGCUGCUGCUAACCGGGGAUGAGCUUACGGAACCGGGGAGGACCCUGCUGGUCGGCACCUUCAUGCUGCACUAUUUCCACAGGAGUUUUAUCUACAGCUUCCUGACCAGAGGACAACCCGUCCCACUGCGGAUCGUCAUCUUCGCCGCUGUCUUCUGCGGGCUGAACGGCUUCCUGCAGGGUCACCACCUGCUGCACUGUGCUGUGUUUGAGCACACCUGGCUGACGAAAGCCCGCAUCACCACAGGUCUCCUGCUGUUCACGGUCGGGAUGAUCAUCAACAUCCACAGCGACCACAUCCUACGCAACCUCAGGAAACCAGGAGAGACCAUCUACAGGAUCCCGCGAGGAGGGAUGUUUGAGCUCGUGUCUGGAGCUAAUUUCUUUGGUGAGAUUGUGGAGUGGUUUGGUUUCGCCGUAGCUGCGUGGUCUUUGCCAUCCUUCGCCUUCGCUCUGUUCACCGCUGCCUCCAUUGGGUCCAGAGCCCUCCAUCACCACAGAGACUACCUGCAGAGGUUUGAGGACUACCCCCGCUCUAGGAAAGCUGUUAUUCCAUUCAUAAUGUGACGAUGGGAGAGCUGAAAAACAUGAAGGAAUCAUCACCGCCAUCUUUUCGUCUCUGCUGCGUUUGACGGCCAGUUAAAGAAGGGCUGAACACGACUGUAGACUGGUGAGAGUUUUAAACAUGCAGACCUAUUUGAAGUUCUACAGUUUGUUCAGGCUGCUCUAAAAGAUUUCUGCAGAUGUUUUUGUUCUUUUUGACCUGUUGAUAAUCUCACAAACAUCGAAGUCUACAUCUUUAUUAAACUGCUUUUGUAUUAUUUUGUUUACAUGACUAUUGGUUUAAAGAAUACAGAACACCUCCGGCCUCAGCCAUCGCUGCUGUAAAGGUUAAAAAAAUGAAGGAAUGGCCAGAGAUCGGGUGUGUAGGACUUCCAUUCUUGCUGCUGUGGUGUUGAGCUGUCUUUUUUAUUUCUAACACAGUCAUACUGGAGUUUAGGAUUAUCAUGACAAACCUAGUAACAGGUUUUAUUAUACUGUUGCUACGCUCUGACUCUUUCCAUGUUGGCAUUAGACAUUAUGAAUGGUUUUUAAAAUACAAAAUAGAAGGGAAUGUUCUUGAAAAAUCCAGAUUUUGGGUUAUUCAUGUUCAACCUCAAAGUGGAACUGCUUCGUCCAAUGAAAUUCCACAUUUACAUGGUAGCUUUUAGAAUGUUUACUGCAUUAAAUGUUAUUUAAAAGUGUGUUAAAGAUGUUGAAGAAAUGUUGGGUGUUUUUUUUGUACUCUGGAGGGUUUUAUGAUGUCUAGACUAUAUCAAAACUGAGUGUAAACGAGGUGCUUUAAAAAUAAAGUUUACUUUUAUUCA